AUAAUUGUACGCUGGGUGCCAACAAAGACCUCAGAAAAAAAAAAUAAAUAAAAGGAAGGAUUUGCAGAAUUUUCUCGCGCGUGUUUUUUACUUUUCAUAGUUCUGUUUGGUUCCCGAGAAAAUGCAAGACCCUGCUAUUACGCUAUUUGGAAAGAAAAUCCAACUGCCUGCUGAUGGAGAGAUUCCUACACUCUCCGGUGAUGAUUCGGAUUCUCCUAUCACCAUUGGUUUGGAGAAGGAGAUGAGUGGGAGAGAUGGCGAAGAAGAGGAAAAGCUAGACAAGGAUUCCUUAACGCAGAAAGCCAUUAGUGCCCCACAACAAGAUGAUACUAAACCAGUGAAUAAAGAGGAGAGUACAACUACUGAAAGCUUGCCGGAGUCGGGUGUGAACCCAGAAACACAAUCCGUAGAUGAAGAAACUGGAAAAUCAAAGACUGCCAAGGCUGAGAAAGCAAAAAAUGAUUUGAGUAAUUCACAGGAGAAAACACUGAAGAAGCCAGAUAAAAUUCUACCAUGUCCUCGAUGCAAUAGCAUGGAUACAAAGUUUUGUUAUUACAACAACUACAAUAUCAACCAACCACGGCAUUUCUGCAAAGCCUGUCAAAGAUACUGGACUGCAGGUGGUACUAUGAGGAAUGUGCCAGUGGGAGCUGGGCGGCGCAAGAAUAAGAAUUCUUCCUCACAUUACCGACACAUCACCAUCUCAGAGGCUCUUCAAGCAGCACGAAUUGAUGUUCCAAAUGGUGUUAACCAACAUGCAUUGAAAAGCAAUGGCAGGGUGCUCAGCUUUGGCCUGGACGCACCAAUUUGUGAUUCAAUGGCCUCUGUUUUAAAGCUUAGGAAUAAAAAAACUUUGAAUGGUGGACGGAAUGGUUUUAGCAAUGUUGAAGAACAAAAGAUUCCAGGUCCUUGCAGAGGUGGAGAAAAUGGUGAUGAUUGCUCAAGUGGAUCAUCAAUAACAGUUUCAAAUUCAAUGGAAGAAGGAGGCAGAAAUUGUGCACAAGAACCAUUGAUGAGGAGCAUUAAUGGCUUCCCGUCCUCAAUUCCAUGUCUCCCUGGUGUUCCUUGGCCUUAUCCGUGGAAUUCUAUACCCCCACCGGGCUUCUGCCCUUCAGGUUAUCCCAUGUCAUUCUACCCUACAGGUUAUUGGAAUUGUGCUAUACCAGGAGCUUGGAAUGCUCCCUGGUUGUCUCCCCAGCCAUCUACCACAUGCUCAAACCAAAAUGGUCCAAGCUCUCCACUAGGAAAGCAUUCAAGAGAGGGAGAGACACUUAAACGAGAUGAAUUGGAGAAAGAAGAGCCUCCAAAACAAAAGAAUGGCUCCGUUUUGGUGCCAAAGACUUUAAGGAUCGACGAUCCCACUGAAGCUGCAAAGAGUUCCAUAUGGGCAACUCUUGGGAUAAAGAAUGAAUCACUUAGCAGGGGAGGGUUGUUCAAGGCCUUCCAGCCGAAGAAAAACGAGAAGAAUCACGUGGCAGAAGCCUCUCCAGUAUUAUGUGCAAACCCUGCAGCCUUGUCUAGAUCACUAAAAUUUCACGAGAGCUCUUAAAACGGUUGGAUACAGUCUAGAUGUUGGUUAAGUAGGCCGGAAGAGCAACAUCCAGAUUCAACCUGUUGGAGUGAGUUUUGCUAGUUACCCUCUGGAUCACUUUGAUUCACUGGCCUCACGACAGAACAGCCUGCUAAGAUUGACUGAAUGAACAGACCAAGGAGCUCAAAUUUCUUGUUCUCAUUGCAAUUAGAGAAAAGUAAAAUAAUUGUUAUUUUGUAACAGUACGAAAAGGUGUCAGUUUCUUUACUUAGUUUCCUGAGUUGUGUUCAUGUACAUAUGUUUACAUAUAUAUAUAUAUAUAUGUGAAAUACUAUUAUAAAGUUGGGAAAAUAUCUUGUUUCUACCGUA